AUGUUUGCUUCUAAUCCGGUUAUAGAUUUUGAGAAUCAAGGUCAAGUGUCAUCUUUUGUAGAUAAUGUGAAUGAAUAUGAAGGCUAUACAAAUAUCGCUUGUAUUAGUACUGAUGACAAUACCAAUAUAAAUGAAACAGCAUUAGAAGUAAAUGAAACAACACUGAAAGUAAAUGAAACAACACUAAAAGUAAAUGAUCCUUUCAAUAACUGGAAGGAUGUUGAUAUUGUUGUCAAUAAAUAUGCGAAGCAAAAGGGGUUUGUGGCCAUUAAAUACCAUAAAGACCUUGAUGCUAUUGACAAAACCAUUGUUCGAUGGCAUGUAUACAAAUGUUGGAAAGCUGGGGUUCAUAAUCCAAAAAAGGUGGAGGAUAUUAGCUUACAUCGUGACAGUACUACAGUUAAAACGAAUUGUCAAUGGCAAGCAAGCUUUAACUUUGGAAAACACAUGACCACUAUACACCUUACCAGCAUCAUUGAUGACCAUAAUCAUCUAUGUGAUCUAAAAACUAUAGAAUUAGCACCUAAGAAUUUAAAAUUUCCACCAAUUAUUCUUGAUAAAAUCAAGCACUAUACUACAAAUGGACACCUAAAUGCUGGACAACAAUAUAAACUUCUUUUUACAGAUUUUCUUCACACAUUAGAAGCUACUGAUAAUCUCUUACCUACAGUAUUAUUCACAGAUGGUAAUCCCGCAAUGUUAGCUGCUGUACAGCUCGUUUAUUCACAAACCUGUCAUUUGCUAUAUAUUUAUCAUGUUACAGAAAAUGUAAAAAAAAAGGUGAAAUCAAAAUUGAACAGGGACAUGAUCAAGAAUUUUAUUGGAGAUUUUUACCAUAUGUGCAAUAGUUAUAAUCAAUCUCAAUUUGAAUUCGAGUAUAAAAAAAUAAUUGCUAAAUAUGAGCCCUGUCGAAAUUACCUUAAAAAAAAGCUUUAUCCAAGUCAUGAAUCAUGGGCAAGGUAUUCAAUCACAAAAAUAUUCACAGCAGGGGUUGAAUUUACUCAACGAGUUGAAUCUAUUAAUAGUGUUCUUAAAAAACAUUUGGAUCAAGGAACAUUAUUAAAGGAGUUAGUAAGAGUGGUCGAGAAUGAGUUAGAUAAAGAAGCACAAUACAGUUAUCUUAAUAACUACUAUGGUUCAAAUCCAUCAACUGGUCUUCCAUCAACCUACAAUACUAUUUUUAAAAACAUCAAUUCUGUUUUAAAAGAACAUUUAGCCAAAGAACCUAAGAAUGAUUCUGAUAGUGUGAUUGAGCACUUAUAUGAUAUGUCACAAGUUAGAUUGGAAGAACUCUUGUCAAACAUAAAUAAUAAUGAAGUUCAAGAGAUAUGGGAAAUCAAUCAUAUUGUAGCAGCAUCUAAUCCACAUUAUGUGGUGAUUCUCUUUGACUCAACAAUGCUUUGUACAUCAGUAUUCCACAUGGGCUUUAUUCAUUCAUGCUGGUUUGAAUCAGCACCAUCUGAAGUUUCAAGCUACAUUACAAUUUUUCAAGGUGUUAAAAGCUAUACUACUGAAUCUUUGCACUAUAUUGAUCAAAUUCGAACUCGUAAUGUCUACACUUCAACUAUUCGAAAAAAGGUAGACAAAAAAAUUGAAUUUGGUACUACAAUGUCUGUUGCAAAAACUAGUGUCCAAGUUGCUGUUGCAGAAGGCGUAACAUCCAAAUUAAUAGAGCUUUUCACACAAUUUAUAAUGAAACAUUGUCGUAAUACUGAGUUAAAUAUAGAAGAAACAUGUCAGUUGAAGGUUGGAAUUAGUGGAUCAUCCGUUUUAAAAACCAAUGAACAUCCCUUAGAUAAUGAUAUUAGUAACCUUCCUGAAAUAACAAAUCCGGAAUAUCACAAACCAAGAGGUUGUCCCCCAAAGCAUCUUAAGCCAUCAACUGAAAAGAACAAUAAUCAAUACAUAGCAUCAUCUUCUAAGACCU